UUCUCUGUGUAGCUAGUUGCAUAUAUAACUGUGUUGUUGAAUUAAUUAUUUUUAAUAAAUCAGAUAUAUUUUUAUUUGUAGCUAUGAUAUAUGAAUGAACUUUAUUAGGUUACCAUAAUAAUUAUGAUCAUGCAAUAGUUUUUGUUUUAGUGUGUUUUUGUCCUCUGUUUUUGCUAGUCUACUUAGUUUUGUUACCUUGCACUCUUUUAUGUGUGCAUUACAAGUUGAGCACUAUGUGUAUAUGUUUUUGUGUUUGCAUGUGUGCAUUAAUAUUUUACUGUGGUACCAACUAAGUGAAAAUUUUCAAUGUAUCACAAUAACUCAACAUGUUUCACAUUGCAUGUCUCUCUAGUAUAUUAUCUUUUCUUUUUUUUUAUUAUAAUUAUUUUUUGUAUAUCAAGCUUGUCUUUGAUAUUAGUUCCAUGGCGCUUCAUGUAUUUGAAGGAAUAGACAUUGCUGCAGUGACUCCCACCUAUGUCCAUGCACGUUGUUAGUCUGCUCCUUGAAGUUGUUCUUCUCAAAGCAAAAUCAUUGCAAGGCCUUGGAAGAUAUGAAGGCAUUUCCUUUACCUAACUGUAAUUUCAUUCUUAGUUCAUAGCUUUGGAAUUCUGUUUCACAUUAUUGCUGCUGCUGUCUAGUACUAGUCAAAGUAGUUUUUCUUUUCCUGAUAUUUUUAUUGUAUUUAGUAAAAUGAUAGAAAAGAUGAUUGGAUCAUUACUUGUUGAUGCUCAAAAUAUGAGAAUGGAAAGAAAAGUCAACAAGCACAAAUACUAUUAACAAAUAGAAAAAAAUGUUUCUUAAAUACCAAAAUGUUGUUGAGAUAAUGAUCUCAUAGCUUGAAAUAUUAUGUACUACAUAAUGAUCUAAACUAUAAGUUAUUAAGUCAUGUCUUUGUUUCUACAUUUUUUUUAUUGUUUGUAACAAUGUCCCAAUUAAAGAUAUACAUUCAUGUAUAAACUAUGGUUUCUAUAUCUAAAUUAAUUUUAAUUUCUUAUAUUGAAAAAUGAUUGCAGAUUGAAUCAAAAGAUUGUACUGAGUAUUUCUUGUCUUGGAAAGGAGCUAUAUAUAGAUACUGCAAGUCAUGUUUUUGUUGUCUUUGCUUCAACUGCUAAUCAGAACAAGUUUUUUUGGUGAUCAACCUGACAUUGAUGUACUGACGAAGAAGCAAAAUGCAUUACUUGGAGUGGCUACAAAUGAUGAUGGGAUGCAAGUGGAGGAAGAUGCUAGAUAUCCACCAUGGGUGCAAUGUUGCCUGAAAUCUCAUUAUCUGGAUAAAUCUGAUAUUUGGGGAAAUCGACAGUAUCGAAUAUUUGGCACUAGAUUGGUGGUUAUUAGGAUAGAUACUCAUUGUCUUGUAUGUUGGUUGGAGAUUGUAUAGCAUGUUAGUUUUACCAUGUGAUUUAAGAUUUAUUGGUUUAAGUUUUCGGGUCUUUGUCUCCUGGGAGCUAUAAUAUAAUUUGAUGACAGUGUUGAAUGUUUUAAACUAAUUUGUGGAUUGUUAAUACAAUGUUGAAUGCUUUUUACUUUUUGCUA